AAGGAAAGAGAUGGGGACUUGUAGUGGUGAAAGUGCAGAUAAUAAGCAAGUGAUAGCUGCUGAUACUACUAGGGUGGACCACAUAUGGAGCAGCAAUAAAAUGGAAGGAGAUGAGGGUUUGAACACUGUGAGGUGCCUCAGAGGGAGGUUACUGGCAGAGAGACAGGCUUCAAGGGUAGCUAAGGAAGAAGAAGAAUCAAUGGGCAACAAGUUGGUUGAGUUGGAAAAAUUGCUAAGGGAAGAGAUCAAAUUAAGAGAGAAAGCUGAAAGAAAGCUUAAAUUUUUAAAGAAGAAGCUUGAAUCUUUCAACAUGUCAGGGCAAUUGGAGCAUUCUGAUUUGUCAGAUAAAUUUGAAAAUUCUUGUGGGUCAUCCUCAAUUAGUUCAACUUCCAAACAUUAUUCAGAAGCAAAUGAAACAAAGCAUCAUGCAAAAAAUCCAGCUUUGCCAGAAAUUGUAGUGCAAAAUCACAAUGUUUCAGAAGCCGCACUCGUUCAGACCCACAAUAAUUCAUCCACUACAAAAGAUUGUGAUUCUCAGAUUACUGAUAAUUCCAGUAGAAAUUCAGACCCGGGUUGUUAUUCUUCCCAACAGAUUCUAAGUGAGGAUCCAAAUCCAAGCCAUGAGGAUUUGAAGAAUGAUGAAAGCAGGCUUUCUAGUUUAAGCUCAAAAUCAUCAGCGACAGAGAAUGAGAGUGAUCAUGCAGAUUUCUGCGAUAAUUCUCUAGCAUUAGUUCCUGUGAAUAUGACAGCAACAUCACAAGCCACCAAUAAUCUCAAACCAGUUAACGAAAGUGUCCUUGAAGCUCUAGAUGCAUUGAGGCAUGCCAGAGAAAGGCUUCAAAGUUCAAUGGGAAGAACAAGGCAAAUGAUUCACGUUGGCCCAAUUUAAGGUCUCACACUGAGAUAGUAAUAAUGCUAAAUUAUUUCUAUGUUCAUAUAUAAUAUGGGGUGUGAGAUUAUUUAGCAUACAAAUAGGCGGGAACAGCAUAAUAAACCUUGAGGUCCUGAAUAAUAAGAUUGGUAGCAGAGUGGUAAAGUUCUCGUGAAUUGUUGUUUCACUCACCACAGAAUGCAUGUGACGUGGGGGAUGUGCUGUCAGUUCUAGGCUUCCACUUUGGGGUCCCAACCCUUUUGUCCAUAUUCUUUUCUUGUGCUUUUUCUUCAUUCACUUUUGGUGACUUUUAAUGUGGUCACCACUUGGUUCCUGUGACUUCCAUCAAUAUUAUUAUUAUACUUGGGCUUAUGGUUUAUG